UUAAAUAAUAUGCAGUAUCGUUGAUAGUGAAUUAUCGCUACAGUUGUGACUUGUUGCGUGAGUGCACGUUUAAAAUGGCUUGGACAGCGAUUAUUGCUGCUAUAAGCAUCCUUGGGCUAGUAGAAGGAUGGACCGACACAAAAAUACGUAGAUUUCCUGACAGCUUCAUGUUUGGAGUAGGCUCUGCGGCUUACCAAGUAGAAGGAGCUUGGAAUCUCGAUGGCAAAGGUGAAAGUAUAUGGGAUCGGUUCCUCCACGAGAACCCGGACUUAGUCCCGGACGGUACCAACGGAGACGUGGCCAGUGACUCCUACCACCACUAUAAGAGAGACGUGGAGAUGCUGAGGGAGAUGGGAGUGGACCAUUACCGGUUCUCUAUAUCUUGGCCAAGAGUCAUGCCAUCGGGUUUCCCCAACCAGAUAAACGAGGAAGGUUUCCAAUACUACGAUAACCUUAUCAACGAGUUACUAACAUACAAAAUCGAGCCCAUGAUCACAUUGUACCACUUUGAUUUGCCCCAACGUUUGCAAGACUUGGGCGGUUGGGCCAACCCUUUGUCCAUCGGGUGGUUCGAAGACUACGCUAGGGUUGUCUUUGACAGAUAUGCUAGUAAGGUCAAAUAUUGGACCACGAUGAACCAACCCAAUUCCAUAUGUUUGGAAGGGUAUGGAGAUAGCAUUAUGGCGCCGGGCGUGGAUAUGAAAGGGAUAGCAGAUUAUAUUUGCAUCAAAAAUGUUUUGUUGGCGCAUGCGAAGGCUUAUAGGCUGUAUGAGAGAGAGUAUAAGAGCAAAUAUAAUGGUUACGUCGGCAUAUCGAUAUCCGUGAACUGGGCCAAUCCAAUCAACAACAAGACUGAAAAUGUUCAAGCUACAGAGGAGUACAGGGAAUUCAGUAUAGGGAUGUACCUAAACCCGAUCUGGUCUCCGUACGGGGACUUCCCUCAAGUGGUGAAAGACAUCGUGGCGAAGAAGAGCUUGAAGCAAGGCUUCUUCAAGUCUCGCCUGCCGAGCCUCUCUGCUGAGGAGAAGAAGCUGUUGAAAAAAUCGGCCGACUUCCUAGGCAUGAACCACUAUACCACGAUGCUGGUCAAGCGGUCCACGCAGCAAUUUCCUUCGCCGUCUUACCAGGACGAUAUCGGCGUGGAAUUCAGCCAGGAUACAAACUGGAGGGGCGCUAAGUCUAUUUGGUUGAAGAGCUACGCCUUCGGUAUAUACAAAGCGCUUCUCCACAUCAACCAAAACUAUGACUACCCUCUAAUAAUCAUCACGGAACACGGGUGGUCUACCAACGCCGGUUUAUGGGACCAAAGCCGCGUGCAAUGUAUGAAGGAUUACAUGCGAGCGUUACUUCUGGCCAUGGAAGAUGGAUCUCGAGUCGCAGGAUAUACUGCUUGGAGUCUUAUGGAUAACCUGGAGUGGGCUAGUGGUGUCAGUGAACGCUUCGGCCUAUACGAAGUGGAUUUCGAUUCGGAAGACAAGAAAAGGACAGCGAGAGAGUCUGCCCUUGUCUACAGACACAUCAUUGAGGAGAGAGUGGUCGACGACUGGACUCCACCAAGAUUAGAUAUAGAUAUAUCGGGUAGAAGACUAAAGAGGUCCAAGAAAAAUACCGAGUUGUAAAGAUAGGUUUAAAUGGAACCUUUACAGUCAUCAACAAAUGGUUCGUGACACCCAAAGUAGCCAAAAAGUUGACACAACCUUAUUCCAAUGAGGGUUUUCGCGAAUGAAAAAUCCG